AUGAGCCAAGCUUUACAAACGAUCUCUCAAGAAACGGCCUUGGUAGACAACAUCCCAAGUUUGGACAUUUCGAGAACCUUGACGGCAAUACAAACAGCGAUAACCAGACUUGAUACUACGACAGCCACGAUGACCAACAGAAUCGAUGCGUUGACCACUACGAUGACCAACAGAAUCGACGCGUUGACCGACAGAAUCGAUAACAUGGAUACAAGAAAUCUUGCACGCGUAUUAAAUUUGCGUAUAACCGCUCCAGAUACAACACUGGAAGUCAUUUCAGAUACGACUGGCAAUGUGCCACAAAAUUACCCAGAAACAAUUGCCGCGCUUCGCGCAAUGACACGUCAAAACAUAGACGCUCUCUUAACCUUUUACCGGUUACAAAAUACGGGAACGGUUGAAAAUAAACGCAUACGUCUUGCGAAACAUUUAGGAAUUCGGCUGUCGUAA